CGCGGCUCCGCCGCUGCCGCCGCGACUUGAGGGGCGCGCGCCGAGCUCCGUGCGCGGCCGCCCCGCGACAGCGCAGCGCUCGCUCCGCACCGCGCUCCGCUCCCGGCCCGCCGGCACCGCCGCCGGCACCGCCCCUCGGCCUCGCCGCAGGACAUUAAGAGUUCGAGGAAAGCUUUUCAAAGGGGAGUUUUCUGGGAAAGAAAUCGUAUUUUUGUGGGGGUUUUUUAUAAUGAAGAAAACCAUCUGCAUUGCCUGAUGUUUCUGUGGUAAAGUAACUUACAUUCUUGCAGCACAGAAGGAAUUAUUUCCUGCAUUACAAAUUUGGAAGAAGUGUUAAAAAGUGAGAGUUGGAAAAUGGUUCUCUGAAAGAGGUGUGGAUGUAUCAGGAUGUAGCUACUGUACAAAGGUCAUACUUGGAUAAUUCUGGAUAGGAAAAAGCAUCCCUUUCCUGACCUCCUGAAGAGGGUGCAAUCCUUCGAGCCUCAGCAUAAUGAAUGGUUUCUAUCACGCGGCGCUAAAGUUCCCUCCUCUGACCACUACUCUGCACAGAAGAGUUUGUAAGAGUUACAAAGAAAGUAAUUCCUGCUAAAGGCAUUAAAGCAAACAAAAGAGGCUCUUCAUUCACAGACCUUACAUGAGGACAAAAAUAGAGGGAAGCUGAAGCUUUUCUACACUGGGACCUGGUGUGCUUAUGUACCAUGAUAAAUCUUGGUUGGAAUGCUCAUUGAGUGUCGUGCCAGGAGCCAGGAAACACACACCACCAACAAGGAACAUCUGAGUAAACACCAUCGAGAAAAAACUGCUUCAUGGAGUAAACCAUAAGAGUGACUGGGCAGAAAAACAUCCCUUUACUGGAUAUCCUCGAGCACACAAUUUACUCAUACCUUUAAAUACGAUUGUUGAAGAUCAGAACUGUAUAGAAAUCUCAUCAUUCCUGACCAUGAUUAGUGUUACCUGGAGCAUCUUCCUAGUUUGGACUAAAAUAGGGCUGUUACUUGACAUGGCACCUUAUUCUGUUAGUGCCAAACCAUGCCCUUCAGUAUGUCGCUGUGAUAUGGGUUUCAUAUAUUGUAAUGAUCGCGAUUUGACGUCUAUUCCUACAGGAAUCCCAGAGGAUGCAACUACCCUCUUCCUUCAGAACAAUCAAAUAAAUAAUGCUGGGAUUCCUUCAGAACUGAAGAACUUGCUUAGGGUGGAAAGAAUAUAUUUAUACCGCAACAGCCUAGAUGAAUUCCCCACUAACCUCCCUAAGUACAUUAAGGAACUGCAUUUGCAGGAGAACAAUAUAAGGACCAUUACUUAUGAUUCACUUUCAAAAAUUCCUUAUCUGGAAGAACUGCAUUUGGAUGAUAAUUCUGUUUCUGCCGUUAGCAUCGAGGAUGGAGCUUUCCGGGACAACAUCUAUCUCAGACUUCUUUUUCUCUCUCGAAAUCACCUUAGCACCAUUCCCUGGGGUUUGCCUAAAACCAUAGAAGAGCUGCGCUUGGAUGAUAAUCGCAUUUCCACAAUUUCUGAGCUGGCCCUUCAAGACCUUACAAAUCUAAAACGCCUUGUUUUAGAUGGAAAUCUCCUAAAUAAUCAUGGAUUAGGAGACAAAGUCUUCAUGAAUCUAGUCAAUCUUACAGAAUUGUCAUUGGUCCGCAAUUCACUCACAGCUGCACCGGUGAAUUUGCCAGGAACAAACCUAAGAAAGCUUUAUCUCCAAGAAAACCACAUCAAUCGUGUGCCACCCAAUGCUUUCUCUUACUUACGGCAGUUGUAUCGACUAGAUAUGUCCAAUAACAAUCUCAGCAAUUUACCUCAGGGUGUCUUUGAUGAUCUGGACAACAUCACUCAACUUUUUCUUCGCAACAAUCCCUGGCACUGCGGGUGCAAAAUGAAAUGGGUACGUGACUGGUUACAGUCCUUGCCUUUAAAAGUGAACGUACGUGGACUGAUGUGUCAGGCACCAGAAAAAGUACGUGGGAUGGCUAUCAAAGACCUCAGCGCAGAACUGUUUGACUGUAAGGACGAUAGUGUGAUAAGCACCAUCCAAAUCACUACUGCAGUACCAAACACCUUAUACCCGGCCCAGGGACACUGGCCCAUUUCUGUGACCAAACAACCAGACAUCAAGACUCCCAACCUAAACAAAAACUACAGAACCACAGCAAGCCCGGUACGCAAAAUCAUUACGAUAUUUGUGAAAUCCGUAAGCACGGAGACUAUUCACAUCUCCUGGAAAGUUGCACUACCCAUGACUGCUUUGAGACUGAGCUGGCUCAAGAUGGGUCACAGCCCUGCCUUUGGAUCUAUAACUGAAACGAUAGUUACAGGCGACAGAAAUGACUAUUUGCUCACGGCUCUCGAACCAGAGUCACCGUACCGUGUGUGCAUGGUUCCCAUGGAAACCAGCAACAUCUAUCUCUCCGAUGAAACACCCGAAUGCAUCGAGACCGAGACGGCGCCGCUUAAGAUGUACAACCCUACCACCACCCUCAACCGGGAGCAGGAGAAAGAGCCUUACAAAAACUCCAGCUUGCCCUUGGCCGCCAUCAUCGGCGGCGCGGUGGCGCUGGUGGCCAUAGGGCUGCUGGCCCUGGUCUGCUGGUACGUGCACAGAAACGGGUCCCUGUUCUCCCGGAACUGCACCUACAGCAAGGGACGCCGGAGAAAAGAUGACUAUGCUGAAGCGGGAACCAAGAAGGAUAACUCCAUCCUGGAAAUCAGGGAGACUUCUUUCCAAAUGAUACCAAUAACCAGUGACCAAGUGUCCAAGGAGGAAUUUGUAAUACACACCAUUUUCCCACCUAACGGCAUGAAUCUGUACAAGAACAGCCACAGUGAAAGCAGUAGUAACAGGAGCUACAGAGACAGUGGUAUUCCAGAUUCAGAUCAUUCACACUCAUGAUACUGAGGGACGUGAAAAACUGUUUUGGGUUUUGUUGGGUUUUUUGGGUUUGUUUUGUUUUUUAAAGAAAACAAGAAAAGACUGACUUAACAGUUGCUGUUCUACUGCAAAACACUGGAUUAAAAGACUGACAAAGCAAUGUACUGUACAUUUGCCAUAUAAUUUAUAUUUAAGAACUUUUUAUUAAAAGUUUCAAAUUUCAGGCUACUGCUGCGAUUAAUGUAGUGGGAAUACCUGACCACAAUUCUAUAUUUUAGUAUUUUUUAGUAAUUUGUACUGUAUUUUCCUUGCUAAUAUUGAAGUUACAGACCAUUUAACUUUUGUGUUCUACUGAGUAAGAUGACUUGUUGACUGUGAAAGUGAAUUUUCUUGCCGUGUUGAGCAGUCAGAACAUUCAUCUGAGAUCCUUGUAAGUGUAAGCACAGGCCAUUUUUCACUUUGGUAUCAAUAAAAUGAUGUUGAACCUGGCAAAUCAGGAAGAUCAAAACGUGGUUACAAAAACUCACAGAACUUCCAGUGUUGGGUCUAUUAAAUCUGUAAACCACAACAAUAUUCAAUAAACAAAAAUGUGUGUAGUAAUGGGCAAUAUCAGCUGUCUGGAUAUAUCCAUUCAACAGUGGCAAAAUCCAGUUUAAAUAAGAAUAACCAAAUUGAUGACAUGCAUGAGACUAAACCUUUUGACAAGAGUUCAAAAACCUAAUCCCUAAAGGAAAGCAAAAUUCCUAACAAGGAAUUAAAAAAAAAAAAAAAAAAAAAAAGUGGUAGGCUCUAUAAACCAAGGGGGUAGAUAUAGUUCAGGAAUAGAUUUUUGUUUAUCAGAAUCAGUGGUCUGUAUAUUACAGAGAAAAUAGCGAUGGAUGCUCACAGGCAUUUGGGAGACAAGGGCAGGAAGGCAGAGACAAUGCUUUGAAACUGCUUUGAAAAGAAAAAGGGCUGAAAGUGCAGUUUCACAAGAAAAGAGAAUAGGACAAAACCCAAGGCAAUAAAAGCAAGGUCUCAAAAACUGUGGUCCCAAAGGUGAGCAGACAAAAGGGGAAUGCAGCUGUCCUGAAGCAUAAAUGAGUGUGUUCAGUGUACUGCUGUUACAGUCAGGAAUACUGCCCAUUACUGUCACAGUUAUCCAGAAAUUCCUUGGUGAAUAUGUAAGCUAACAUGUUUCUUUCUGCCUUCCUGCUGAACUAUGAGCUAUUUCAUGUUUAAACCCCAAGCUGCUCUUUGUUGCAAUAAUCAUUCUGUUUCUUCAACUAAAAACCAAAGUGCUUUGUAUGCCCUUUGGCCAGUCUUGUGUGUGCCUUGAUCCAACGCUACAUGUAUCACAGCUUUUAAAAACUAAGAAAAAAGGAAAUAAUAAAAUACCCACUUUUUCAUACAUAACUUAACUAUGAAAAAUACUGGUCUUAUUCAUGAAUGAAGCUGAAGAACUACUUCAAAAUUAUGCUGCACCUCUGCAGUGCACUGAUAAGAAACCCAUUCGGAAGCUACUACUUUUCAGGUCAUGAGCCUCACCUCUCUCUGUGUUCAGGUUAACAGUAUUACACUUGCAGGUUUUCUUCAUUAUUAACUGCUGGGAAAAAAAGUUUUCACAACAGUGAACAGUGUGAACAAUGAAAGGGAGGGAAGACGUGGAGUUACAAUCCUCUGAAAUACAGAGGUUUUUUAAAAGAAACAGCAAAUGAAAAAUAUUUAAUAUUUCAGACAAUAUUUCAGGCAAGAAGGAAUGUAUACCAAAUGCAAUUCAAUUUUAUGAGAGUUUCAGUGGUGCAUGGCGUGCAGACCCAAAAUUUCCAGUAACACACAUUCUUUUAUCCUCAUUUUCCAGAUGUGCCCUGGGGAGUUCCUCUCCAAACUCCCUGUACCAUGGAACGUUGACACAUCACUUUCAGAAGUGUCUCCUGCAGUUUCCUGAGCAGUGGAGGCACAGCACUGACUGACCUUACACAAACCAUGUCUCCUCUGCAUGGAGCAUUGAAUGGAUCCAUGGAGAGGGGAGUGUUACACUGAACAACGAUGUGCUCAGCUCAGUGUAAUGCACCAAACAAAACUAUUUUGCUCUGUUGUCCCAUCAGGUGCCAAUCUAGGCAAGGGCAAGAAAGUCAAGACUGAGCAUGGGGAACUUCAUUAUGUUGAUGUGCAAAAAGUUUCCUGAGCAGUGAGCAGGAAAGGAAAAUGACACAGAGGGACUGGAUGGACCUGUUCUUUGUCCACACUCACACGGGGAUUCCUGAUAUCUGAGCCUGUUUAAUGUCUGGGUCACUGGCAAGAGAGCCUGGUUCUUUGCCAGCAGUUCUCCAGUAACAAAAUUAAACAGGUUUUGUUUGAUUUUCAAGCUAUUUAAAAAACCUCUCUCCCAGCUGGCUCCAAAUUUAUGUUGUGAAAAAGGUAAAACAACACUGAGUACUUUGCCUUCUGAGGCACCUAAGCCAGAAGUGCCUGGUAAUAAGGUGUAAGGUGUAAAAUAAGUAAAGCACAGGUAUAUAUUAACUCCAGUGAUGCUACUCAAGGGCAUAAGGGUAUAAAAAAGUUGGCAUUUGAAGAGAUAAUUGUAUGACAGUCUUAAGUAAAAUGACUUUUCAUGUGACAUUUUUGUGAGGCAGUAGGGUACAAAUCCAAAGCAACUUCAGUAAAUCAACCCAUUUGCUCCUACUUCACCUUCCACCAGCAAGAGUGAAACCUGGACAAGGCUCUGUCUUCCUCAGGGAACCACAUCAGGCUUGUAGGAGGGCUGGUGUCCUCUUAGCACAUGUGAUGUCAAUGCAAAAAAUGGCACACUGGAGUGUACGAGACCUUCCUUGGGUUCUACAGCAACUUUUACUCCACACACAUAAAGUUAAAAUCAAUUUGGCAAGUGAAAGAUUGCUUUCAAACCAAACUGUAUUUUUUCCUUUGGCUGUUAAUACAAAUUUCUAUUCCUCUCCCUGUCAGGCCUGUCUCUUCAAGACUGCUGCUUUUCCUAGUGCUGCAGCUGCUGCCUGCAAUGCUCCCUGGCACCACCAUAAAUCCCUUCUGUUAGAUAGGUAUAUACGCAGGCAAAGCGGAUUACUACAGUAGGCAGUUUAUUCAACACAUUUAUCAAAAUAACAUUAAUCCCCAUUAAAUUUAUCUCAGUUUUCGAAUUCCAUGUUAUUUCUGUGUACUGUUCAAUAUUUAAUUGUGGAGCAAGGGGUGGGAAUUUUUUCAGUUUUUGCCUAAACCUAUGUGCACAGUUCACUUGACCACUACUUUCCAUAUUAAAGUACUGUGCUAAGUAUCUUUUA